AGCGAGUGGAGCUUUCGGCCUCAGGACCCACACAGAUCGAACAUUCAGUACAGUUCAUUCAGUGCAAGCUUCAGUGUUGGUUGGUUUCCACUCUUAUCCAGAAAAUUCUUUAGCCAAGGAGAAACGCUGGUCGGUUUUGUAUUUGGUGAGAGAUGGCAGACCAGGUUGGGGCUGGUAGGGCCAUGGGCCGAGCUCGUGGACGAGCAAGACUACAAAUUGAGUUGGAGAGAGAGGCGGAAGAAGCAGGAUGGGCCAGGAGACCUGGGGCCGUUGCACCCGUUGCAGCCCCCGGUGGCACCCCUGGUGGCGCCCCUAGACCUGCAAUCGCUAGAACCGAAAGAGCCCACAGGGCCGGCCCAGGGCACGAUGUGUUGCAGAGAUUAGAACGUUCUGUCCGUGAGGAACGAAUUUCUCCACAAGGUUCAGCUGAAGGAGCCGCUCCAGUCGGUAGAGGAGGAAUGCGAGGUCGCAGGAGAGUCAACGAAUCUGAAUCUCUCCUCACGAGACCCACUGGGUGUGCCAGUAAACAAGGGUCUUAUGGUCAAAAGAUCAAUCUCCAGGCCAAUUACUUUAAACUGGAGACUGAAUCUGUAACAGAUUUUAGUCUGUAUCAAUACAGAGUAGAUUUUUCUCCAGAUGAAGAGAGAACAGUGGUUAGAAAGGGUCUUCUCCGCUUCCAUCAUCCGUCCAUUGGUCCUUACAUUUUUGAUGGGACAGUUAUGUACUCGAAUUCGCUACUUGCGCCAAAUCUGGAAUUUUUUUCUACGAGAUUGUCGGAUAAUCAACAAAUCAGGAUCACGAUUAGAAUGGUUGGUGAAUUGCGCAAGGGUGACCAUCACUACAUCCAGUUCUUCAACAUUAUUAUGAGGAAGUGCCUCGAUCACUUAAAUCUUCAGCUGGUCGGAAGAAACUUCUUCGAUGCCCAGAAUAAAGUACAAAUCAAAGAAUUCAGAAUCGAACUGUGGCCUGGAUAUCUGACAUCGAUUCGUCAAUGUGAACACGACAUUCUGAUGUGUGCGGAAAUCUCCCACAAGGUCAUGCGACAGGAAACCGUCUACGAUAUGUUGGAACAGUUUUACAUGAACUACGAGAGGGAUUACAAGAAAUUCUUUUCAAAGGAAAUCAUGGGCCAGAUUGUCCUUACUGGUUACAACAAUAACACUUAUCGAAUCGACGACGUUGAUUAUUCGGUUAGGCCAACUUCCACUUUCACUCUUCGCGAUGGUGAAAGAAUUUCCUAUAAGAACUAUUAUGAGACCAAGUAUGGUAUAAUUAUCAGAAACGAUUCGCAACCGCUGUUGGUAUCCAGGUCUAAACCGAAGGAUCGACGUGCAGGACAAGCUGAGCUUCUCUAUCUCGUACCCGAACUCUGCAGAACUACGGGUUUGACUGAUGAGAUGAGAUCGAACUACCCGACAAUGAACGCGUUAGCAACACACACGAAGCUGGACCCAAAGGCUCGCAUCGAGCGUUUAAUGUCUUUCAACAGGCGUCUAUUGCGCGAAAGUAAAGUCGUCAACGAACUAAAUGACUGGGGACUGAAGCUGGGUAACAAACUCGUCAAUCUCACGGGAAGAGUCAUUCCAAGAGACAAAAUCAUCAUGGCGGAUGGAGUGACAUUGUCUCCCAGGGGUGCAAACUGGGAUGGAGAAAUCAGAGCUAAUAAGAUGCUUAUUACUACUGAGCUUCGAGAUUGGGUUGUCAUCAUCACCCAACGAAUGAAGAACGAUUGCCAAGAAUUUAUUUCUGGCAUCAUCAGAUCAGCUAACGGAAUGAGAUUCAAAGUCGAGAAACCAAGGAUCGCGGAGCUCUAUGGUGAUCGCUCUAGCUACUACACAGAAAUGAUAGAAUCUGUCAUGAGUAAGUCAAAUCCCCAGCUGGUGAUGUGUCUCGUGCCAAACAACAAUCUCGAUCGAUACUCUGCGAUCAAGAAGAAGUGCUGCGUCGAUAGACCUGUCUUGAGCCAGGUUGUCCUGACGAGAACAAUAAUGUCCAAAGGGAAACCAAAUCUGACUGCAGCUACAAAAAUUGCUGUUCAGCUGAAUUGCAAACUAGGUGGCGCCGGAUGGACCGUUGAAAUACCCUCAGGAAAUUUCAUGGUGGCUGGUUUUGACGUCUGUCAUGAUAAGACAACAAAGGGUCGUGACUUUGGGGCUUUGGUGGCAUCUCUUGAUAGGCAUUUGAGUCGCUACUUCAGUGCAGUGAGUGCACACACUUCCGGCGAGGAACUCUCCAAUGACUUGGGGGUUAACAUGACGAAAGCUUGUCGCCAGUAUCAAAGGUUGAAUGGUAUCCUACCUUCAGUGAUUAUUUUCUACAGAGACGGGGUUGGCGAGGGUCAGAUUCCUUUUGUUCACGAAAUUGAAGUUCAGGAGUUGAAGAGAAAACUUGCUGAACUCUACGACGGAGAAAUUGCAAAUGUCAGAAUGGCAUUUCUCAUCGUGACCAAGAAGAUCAACACGCGUUUUUUCUACAAUAACGAAAAUGCACCCGCUGGUACCGUCGUUGAUGACGUCGUCACGAAUCCAGCCAGAUAUGACUUUUUCCUCGUCUCCCAGAGUGGAGGUAGAGGCACAAUCGCACCUUCUGCUUACAGUGUGAUCUCAGAUUCUUCCGGAUGGACUCCGGAUAAAAUUCAGAGAAUGACUUAUAAAUUAACCCAGAUGUAUUAUAAUUACUCUGGGGCGGUUAAAGUUCCUGCGCCUUGCCAAUAUGCGCACAAACUGGCAGCUUUAGUUUCCCAAGCGAUUCAAAGACCUCCGAGCGCUCUGCUCGAAACCUUACUCUAUUAUUUAUAAUUUAUAAGCUGAUUUGCAACUAUAGGAAAAUCAAGAUUCUAAUUCAUGACAAGUGAGACUUGCUUAUUAUCUUAUAUUUCUGACUCUUCAGAUUUGCGAAUAAUCUCUUUCGGGUUUCUUACCUCACAAGACGACUUAUUUAAGAGGUCUUUGCUAUUCCUGAUUUUUAUAAUACUACAAAAUUUAAUUUGUUACUUUUGACGGCCGGGUCGAGGAAGGAAAUAAGGAUGAGAAGUUUAGAAAAAAAUUGUAAUUAUUAUUUUUUAGAGACGUGGCAUAAAAUGUGCCUCGAAUCAUAGCAUACAAUUUGUGAUAUUUUUAUAAUGAUAGAUACAGAAUCCCAUUUAUUUACUUGUCUUGUAUUAAUAAAAUGCAUAAAUUGCAGUCUUCGAUAAUUACUUACAAAUAAAAAUUUCUGCACAGGUUACGUCCAAAUUACCUGUGCAGGAUCGCAUCCAGGAACAUGUCCAGGAUUCUCCAGCUGGAUUUUAAAUACAAAAUUAAUAGAUAAAUAAUAAGAAUUAUAGUUUAUAUUCCAGUGUUUGUUUGUAAAUUAAGUACGGAGAUUUCCGUAAACAAGUCUUUGAAGAUGUCCAUUAGUUAAUUAAGUUGAUUAAUUUCAAGAUACGAAAUAUAAAUUAUGCGUUGAUCGCAAAGCAAUAAUUAUACGCUUUGAUUUAAUUCAUGUGAUUUCUUCCCAAUUUUAGUUGUUAUGCUAACAAAUCUGUUAAAGGUUCUGCGACUAUUACUUACUGUUAUAAGUGUUCCUGAUUAGAAAAAACGUUUAUCUUCGAAACAUUUGUGAAAAUAUAAAUUUGUAUCACAGAA